CUGAUUUAAAUUAUUUAAUUAAAUGAUGGCACUAAGUCAGCAAUCGAGGAAAUACUUGCAACUCCUCGUUGUUUGUUUGCAAGAACAGCAAAGUGAGUUACAAGGUGUCUUAGAUCAGUUCAUCAAACAGACAGUCACAAAAGCUAGAAGCUGGAUAGAGGCACCAGACCAAGGCAACAUGUCAUUUAGUGACAUCCAUGUCAUGCUUUCAGGAGCCAGUGGAAAAUUGUUGGAAACUAUAAACUUUUAUACAGGAACAUCAGCACAAUUGAAGUCUCCUACAAAACAGUAUGAAAAGCCCUCUGUAACACUAAAUGAAUCAGCUUAUUCAAAUGAAGAAAUGAAUUCAAGGCUUGUAGCCUUAGAAGAUUUCAUUUCUGGUUUAAAACAAGCAAAAUUGGAAAGCAAAGAAGAAGGUUAUGAAAUGAAGCAGUGGAAGGAAGCUGUGACAACACAACAACAGGAGAUGGAGGCCAGGGUAGAAAACUUUAUAAAAAAACAAAUUGCUCAAACAAAACUGUUUUCAAAGCAAAUUAAAGAAUUUAAUAAAAACAUAACUAAAAUAACACAAGAAAUAAGAGCUUUAAAAAACAAUGAAGUAGAUAUGUUCAGUAAAUUGAAAACAAAUACAAAAUCUUUAGAGAAUUGUGAGACAAAUCUGGCACACUUGAAUUCUGGGUUAAAUAUAAUCCAGAAUAAAAUUGAUAACAAUAAGGAUGACAUGUUAAAGUUAACAGAAUUAACCGGCAAAUCUAAAGAAAACCAAUCUCAGGCCCUGCUGAAUAUUGAAAAAGAUUUGGAAAAAUUAGAAGUAAAGUAUGGUGUUGUCACCAAUAUUCUGCUACAAAGAUUGAUGCCCAUUGAAAAGCUGCUUCAAGUCAUUAAUACUCAAGAAGUUGCUAGAGCAGAAAAAUGCAAAGAGUUUCGUGGAUUACAAGAUGAUGUGGCCACAUUGAAAGCAGAGGUUUUAGCACUCAAUCUAAAAACACAGCGAAAUGCCAAUGUAAUAGGAUUUUCAGCUUCAUUUCGGAACAAUGUACCACUAGUUAAAAACUGUUAUUGCUAUCUUCUAAAUUUCGAUGAUGUUACCUUAAACUCAGGAAACCAUUUUAACCCAGCCACUGGAAAGUUCACUGCUCCUGUUGAUGGCCUCUAUGCUGCUAGUUUUUGUCUUCAUCAAUGCAAUGAUGGUGUAAUUGAUGUGCGAAUAUACCAUACACUUAAUGUCUUCAAUACAAACUCAGUUAGCAUGUCCAAAACAACAAGGGAAAAUUCAACAGGUGUAUGCAGUACUGCUGUCUUAAUGAAGAAGGGUGAAUUUUUAUCUUUAGCAAUUAAAGGUGAAGGGAACGCUUCCUUGUCAUAUUAUUCUCAAUUCACUUGUUUUCUCAUAAGUACUUAACAGUUGUAAAAAGGAAGCGUUAGCUUCUUUUAAAAUCAUUUUACAAAAAGCUACAGUCGUUUAUGAUUUACUAUCAUGUUUAAUGGAUUUGAAUUUUACUUAAGUUAUUAGAAACACUUGUGGGACGGCCUGGCCUAGUGGUAGAGCGCUAGACUACUAACCCGAGAGUCUCGAGUUUAAGUCAUUGGAACGUCACUAAGUCCACCCAGCUCACGUUUGGGAAAGUAAAGGUGGGUGGACAUUUGAAAAAUUCAUAUUUAACAAAAAGAAUCAUGAAUCAGAUAAGAAAAUUGUAGAAUUUGUGAUUGCUUUACGCAGAUUGAUGAAAUCGUAAAAUGUUUUGAACAUGUGUCAGAAUCAUUUUUGAGAGAUAGAAUAGUGUUAGGGACAAUGAGAAGAGAGGAUUUUUACAGCUUACAUUGAAAGCAAGUAUAGAAUGUGUAAGGUUACUGAAGCAAAAGUACGAAUUAUCAAAUGUUGAGCAUUUUAUGUGGAAGAUAGUCAGAUAAAGUUACAGACGUGUGUGCUGUGUCAGAUACGGGCAACAGUAAAUACAGUCUGAGAGGGGGGGUAUAUUCUGGACACAAUCACACGAUGUGUAAAGGAACUAUGUCCGACAUGGGGGAAGAAUUUGUAACGAAUGUUGAAAGAGGAAACUAUUUUUCAGGAAAAAUGCAAUGUGAAGAAGAUAAAGUAUGUAGACAGUUUAGUUAAGGACUGUUGUUGCUUGGUAUCAGGUGAAUAAAUGAUGUUUGGUAGACAAUAUAUAAUGAUCAAAGCUGAUAUGUUGUUAUGUGCCGUGUGAGUGUGAUCAGAGCUGUAUUGUUUGAGUAAAGUAAUGAAGUUAACUUAAAGGAUUGUUCUGUUUAUUUUGAGUGAGAGGAAACUAGUAAUGUAACACACACUGGUAAACAAAAUGUGUUUUGUCCACUGAAACAUGAAUGAUAACACAACAAAAAACACAAUAUUGAAACAUUAUUUACACAUCCGAAAGGAUAAAAGUGGAAGUACAUAGCAUAAAAUAUAAUGUGUUAGUCUAUUUUCUUUUAAUAAGGAACAAUAGUGUUUUAUAAAUAAAACU